GACAAUCAAAACAAAACACAUGAUAAAAAAGAGAAGAAGAUGGUGGUUCAGAAGCCCCAUGGUACUAUGGAAUAUACUGCUGGAAGCCAGGAUACCCUAAACUCCAUAGCACUGAAGUUUAACAUCACUCCCAAUAAAUUAGUGGAACUGAAUAAACUUUUCACACAUACUAUUGUUCCAGGCCAGGUCCUUUUUGUGCCAGAUGCCAACUUUCCUUCCAGUACCUUAAGGCUAUCGUCAUCCAGUCCUGGUGCUACUGUCUCUCCUUCUUCAUCAGAUGCAGAAUAUGAUAAACUGCCUGAUGCUGACUUAGCACGAAAGGCCUUAAAACCCAUUGAAAGAGUCUUAUCAUCUACUUCUGAAGAAGAUGAGCCAGGCGUGGUGAAAUUUUUAAAAAUGAACUGUCGAUACUUCACUGAUGGAAAGGGUGUGGUUGGAGGUGUCAUGAUUGUCACUCCUAACAACAUCAUGUUUGACCCUCAUAAGUCCGAUCCCUUGGUUAUCGAAAAUGGGUGUGAAGAGUACGGCCUCAUCUGCCCCAUGGAAGAGGUUGUUUCCAUUGCCCUCUACAAUGACAUUUCUCAUAUGAAGAUCAAAGAUGCCUUGCCAUCGCCUGGAGAAUGGGAAGACCUGGCUUCAGAAAAGGACAUCAACCCGUUCAGUAAGUUCAAAUCCAUCAACAGGGAAAAACGACAGCAGAGUGGAGAGAGAACCAUUACUUCAGAUUCCAAAUCAACAGGACCUUUGGAGAAAUCAACAGAACACACACAUAUGAAGCCCUCAGGCAGCUCUGUGUCAGAAAAAUUAAAGACACUGGAAUCUUCUAGGGAGACAACCAGUGACUCUCCCUCAGUGACUAAGCUCAGCAAGGAACCUUCUGACACUCAUGCUACAUUUGAAUCUUCAGCCAAAGAAAACUCCCUUUUAGGGGAAGAUGAUGACUUCGUGGACUUGGAAGAACUUUCUUCUCAAACUGAUAGUGAAAUGAACAAAAGAGACACCUCGAAGGAGUGCCUUUCUCUUGACCCGGAGGAGCUAAAGAAGGCUGAGUCACAAAGAAUUAAUUCUGCUUUGGAAACGCAGGUGCAGUCAGCCUUGAACUUUCCAGGAACAGGGAAUGAUGUUGAACUGAAGGGGGCCCUAGAUUUAGAAGCCUGUGAGAAGCAAGACAUAAUGCCGGAAGUGGACAAGCAGUCUGGUUCCCCAGAAAGCCAGGUGGAAAACACACUGAACAUACAUGAAGAUCUAGAUAAAGUGAAACUCAUUGAAUAUUACCUUCAUAAGAACAAAGAGGGGUCACAGUUAUCUGAAAAUUUGCAGAAGGCAGAAUUAAGUGAUGGCAAAAAUAUUGAACCGGUGGGAAUAGACAUCACCCUCAGUAGUUCUCUUUCUCAGGCAGGUGAUCCCUCGAUUGAGGGCAAUAAAGAGCCAGAUAAAACCUGGGUGAAAGAGGGAGAGCCCCUUCCAAUGAAACUAGACUCUUCUACAGAAGGAAAUACAAUUAAAGAGUCUCUAGACUCCCCUCUGGAAUCCACUCUGGACAACAGCUGUCAAGGCACACAAACAGAUAAUAAAUCGGAAAUUCAGUUAUGGCUAUUAAAGAGAAUUCAAGUUCCCAUUGAAGGGAUGAGGAAAUGCAAACAGAUUUAUGGAUGUAGAGGAGUUAGAAGUAGGGAAAGGAUGAGUAUGGUGGGUGCAAAUCUUGGAGGAGAUUCACCAAGGAAUGGGAUUAUCAAAAGUGCAGAGAGGAGGGUGGAUCAUUUGUACACGUUCUUUGUUCAGUGGUCUCCCGAUGUCUAUGGGAAAGACGCCAAAGAACAAGGCUUUGUGGUGGUGGAAAAGGAAGAACUGAAUAUGAUCGACAACUUCUUCAGUGAGCCGACGACCAAGAGCUGGGAGAUCAUCACCGUAGAGGAGGCAAAGCGCAGGAAGAGCACGUGCAGCUACUAUGAAGACGAGGACGACGAGGUGCUGCCCAUCCUGCAGCCCCACAGCGCGCUGCUGGAGAACAUGCACAUAGAACAGCUGGCCCGGCGCCUUCCAGCAAGGGUGCAAGGAUAUCCAUGGAGACUGGCCUACAGCACUUUAGAGCACGGGACCAGCUUGAAAACUCUCUAUCGGAAAUCAGCAUCACUAGACAGUCCUGUCCUGUUAGUCAUCAAAGAUAUGGAUAAUCAGAUUUUUGGAGCAUAUGCAACCCAUCCUUUCAAGUUCAGUGACCACUAUUAUGGCACAGGAGAAACUUUUCUCUACACAUUUAGCCCUAAUUUUAAGGUCUUUAAGUGGAGUGGAGAAAACUCGUAUUUUAUCAAUGGAGACAUAAGUUCUUUAGAACUUGGUGGUGGAGGGGGACGAUUUGGUUUAUGGCUAGAUGCCGAUUUAUACCAUGGACGAAGCAAUUCUUGCAGCACUUUCAAUAAUGAUAUUCUUUCCAAAAAGGAAGACUUCAUAGUUCAGGACCUAGAGGUAUGGACAUUUGAGUGAAAUUCAGACUGCCUUAAAAUACAACAUUAAAAAGACUGGGUUAGAUCAGCCCUCCUAAAGCUGGCUGGAAGACGAAGUCCCAGCUGAGGCUGCCUCAUCGCACCCUAAUGCUUUCUUUCUGCCAUCAUCUCAGAGCAUGAUCACAUUGCGGAAAGAUUCCGAAAGGUAUAUGUGGAGGGCAGACCCUGAAGAAAGAAAUUCGAAGUCUAGAUUGUUGAAAGACUUUGUACUUCCACUUCCUUCAAAUCCAUACAGUAAGGAAUCAGAGUGUUUAUAGAUGUAUGAGUUGAAUGCAAUUUUUAUUUUUGGUAACUGUGAAAAAAAAGAUACUGUGGAAAUAUAUACAUGCCUUGUGUAUUUACCGGCAUAAUUUUCAUUACCAAAAUGUAUAGCUAUUGUUUGCCAUGGAAAAGGUUAGUCUCAUUUAGAAAAACUGAGAGUGCACAGCACUUAAAAGGGAAUAUAUGAUUUUUUUUUUA